AUGGCACCUCAACCGAGGCCGCUGUCGCAGGUCCUGCCCCCCCUGGUGUUGGGAACGGCCACGUUCAAUUACCAAUAUAAUCACGACCCGUCUCAGAUGCCCUACAAUGAAAUCGUCCGUCGGGCCCUUGAACUCAACAUUGCAGCAUUUGAUACCUCGCCCUACUAUGGCCCCUCUGAAGUGCUGCUCGGUGAUGCGCUCCGAGCCGUGACCCCGCCUCCGCGUCGGGACGACUACUUUCUCAUCACGAAAGCUGGCCGCAUUACCAACGACGAAUUUGAUUAUUCUCCCUCGUGGAUUCGGUACAGCGUUUGCCGCAGCCUCGACCGUCUCAGCACGCCGCAUCUCGACCUAGUAUUGGCCCACGAUGCCGAGUUUGUCUCGACCACAGAGGUGCUGCAGGCUGUGCAAGAGCUGCGAAGCAUGCGAGACCAGGGACUCAUCCGCUACGUCGGCAUCAGCGGCUAUCCGAUUGAUGUGCUGGUUUCUCUGGCCGAGAUGGUCAAGGAGCAGACUGGAGAAGCCCUGGAUGCCAUCAUGUCGUAUUCCCAUUUUUGCAUCCAGAACAGCCAGCUAGGGCGACGGGAUGUUCUGGAGCGGCUGCAAAAGGCCCGGGUGGGAUGCGUGCUGAAUGCGAGCAUGCUGGGAAUGGGAUUGAUCACAACCAGAGGAGCCGACAACGGCCCGAUGGCCUCGUGGCAUCCCGCUCCGCCUCAGCUGCGCAGUGCCUGCCGGGAUCUGUCCAGAAUCGCGAGGCAGUCGGGGGAGCAGCUCGAGCAAGUGGCUAUUCGAUGGGCCUUGGAGAAUUGGGCUCGUGUCGGCGCACCAUUUGGGUCCGCGGCACACCCACAGGCUCUCGCUUCCGACGCUGCAGCUGACGAGUCUGGUUCGCCACGGCGCAUCGGCAUCACCGUGAUGGGGGUUUCCAACGUGGACGAGCUCGAAGAAACCUGGACUCUGUGGAACAGCGUUGUCGGCUUUGGCGGCCAGCCCGACCAGCCUGCCGCGGCCAGGAGAGACAAGAUUGAGCGACUCGUCAAAGAGCAAAUGUGGCCGAGGCUUGGUCCUUGGAAAGACUAUGCCUGGGAGAGCGGGGGGAAGACGUUUUCCAACAAGCGCCAGACGAAAGGCGCAAUCCCCAUCGACGCCGUUGCACAGCGAUGGGGCCUGAUACCCCAAAAUAUCCUGGAAAACCCCAGGAUCUGA